CUAUGUACACUAUGGCACUAUUUUGGAACACGCCCUUGACGGCGACGUUAUGUGACGUCACUCCCUGCCGCCGGAGAAGCUCGCCGAAGUGCAGUAUCGUACCCCGAGCUCUCUGUUCAUUUACUUCACAGCCUUUUCCGUAUUCGGAGUAAAGAAUGGCGGUGAACACAGGGACGUCUCUGGUCUUGUCCAGUCUGCUAUCCGUGCUGGUCUUUGCUGGUAUGCAGAUGUUCAGCAGGCAGCUGGCCUCCUCUGAGUGGCUCACCAUCCUGGGAGGUUUCCUGGGCUCCUUACUCUUCGUCUGCUCCCUCACUGCCUUUAACAAUCUGGAGAAUCUUGUCUUCGGUAAAGGUUUCCAGGCAAAGAUCUUUCCAGAGAUUUUUCUGUGCCUGUGUCUGUCUCUCUUCGCAUCUGGUUUGGUGCAUCGUGUGUGCGUCACCACUUGCUUGAUAUUCUCGCUCUUCGCCCUGUACUACAUCAACAAAGUGUCAGCAGCUCUUUACCAGGUGGCCGCUCCUGCAGCAACUCCUGCUAAAAUCACCGGCAAGGGCAAGAGGAAGAACUGAAUGAUUGAACAUGAUGCAUCAUCACAGCAACACUGAUUAUUUGGUACAUUGCAGUAAUGUUUUGUCUGGCCCAUUUUAUGAUUCCUACAUUCCAUUCCACAGGCCAUAUACGUCCCCAAUCAGGAGUCUCAAAGAUUGUCAAUGUUUCUAAAGAACACAUAUUGUUCAUGUAUGUAUUUCUGAUUUGCAAAUUCAGCAUUAUGUUAGAUUUGUUCACACACUGAAGUACACCGAACUGUAUCGAUUCCUGAUCGACUCUGUAAAGAUAUCGUGUCUUUCCAUUCAUAGCUGUGUGAAUUGGUUUCUCGUAGGAAGUAUUUUUGUUAAAGAAUUUGCUAUUAAAACACUUAAAAUCCUUAAAAAAA